UCGGUGUGUCUCGCACAGCCACCAGGUGAGAGAACCUGAGUGGUCGCAGUUUAUGGGUUCUGUUCUUGAACUCGUCCUGUUUCGGGAUUUAGGAGGGGGACACGACACUGCUUGGACAUGAUGGGUAGAGACAGGUUCGUGUACACGCUGGCUCCUUCUGGCUUGUACAGCAGGCCCAGGAGACCGAGGAACCAGCCGAGCCGCACUCUGUUCAACCUGCAGUCGAAGUCGGUCACCUGCACCGGCGUCAGGGUUUCCGGCCACACCGAGAUGAACGUGGAGCCCUGGGCGAGCUCCGGGGACCAGGCCGCCGCUGAUCGCACACCCUCCUCGCAGGAGCGCCCCGACAAGCUGUGCCUGGACUCUUUCUGGAGUGAGGUGGAGAACAUCCAGCAGGGGAGAACCGACAGCGAUCAGGACAGCGCAAGGCGGGACUCCAAGCAGUCUGAAGAGGGAGAGCAAGAGGAGCAGUGGCUGCAGGAUGCGGGCCUCUCCACCCUGAUCAGGGAAGGCGGUGAGGACGUGGACAAGGUGGUCCUGCUCUCCACGCUAACACGCACGCAGGCCGCGGCCGUUCAGCGGCGCCUCGAUUCCUACACCUGCUCUCUGCGCAAGAGGAACAAGCCCGCUCCACGUGACGUCCGGGACAUCUUUGCUUCCCCCGUGGCUCAGACGGCUCUGCCCGAGUCUCGGAUCAGCGAGGAGCAAGCCCAGCAGGACGGCAUGGAGGGUACGGGGAAGACCCCGCUGGCAGCCAUCAGCGUGGACCCUCAGCAGACGGGGACCCCGAGAGAGGAGAUCUUCAACACAGAUGUGGCCUAUUGCGAGCAGGCCGCCAUCCUUCUCAAGCAGGCCAGGCUGCCGCAGAACGGCAGCUGCCGUAGGAGGGACGACGGCACUCUGCCUAAGGUGAUCAGCCCGCAGUGUCGCCUCGGUGUCACUCGUAUCCAGGACCUGUCACAGCAGGACAUGAAGAAGGUGCGUCAGCUGGCGCUCAUCGACAUGACCGCCCUGUGCGACCUGCUCGAGCUAGAGGUCAAAAGGCACAAGACCUGCAAGAGAAAGAUCCCAGAGAGUUGUCUUUUCGGGGUUCCUCUGGCCUUGCUUGUGGAAAAUGACCAGAAGAUCAAGGCUAGCACCACAAUACCCCUCUUCCUACAAGCGCUGCUGUCCUUCCUGGAGAAGAAGGGUGUGGAUUCUGAAGGGAUCCUGCGAGUCCCAGGAUCUCAGAUCAGAAUCAAGCUGCUGCAGCAGAAGCUGGAGACCACCUUCUACACGGGAGGUUUCAGCUGGGAUGAGGUCAGCCCCAACGACGCGGCCGCCCUGCUGAAGAAGUUCAUCCGCGAGCUGCCCUCUCCGCUCUUGACAGCGGAGCACCUCAACACGUUCAGCGCAGUGCGCGAUGUUCCUGAGCUGAAACAGAAGCUCCAUAUGCUGAACCUGCUCAUCUUGCUGUUGCCGGAGCCCAACAGGAACACGUUGAAGGCACUCUUGGAGUUCCUCAGCAAGGUGGUGUCCCGCGAGAGGCGCAACCGGAUGAACCUGUGGGCGGUCUCCACCAUCAUGGCUCCGAACCUGUUCCUGCACAAAGCGGUUCCCAGCCGCCUGACGGAGGGUGUGGAGAAGGGUCAGGCAGAGAGAGCGGCUGACGUUAUGCGGCUCUUGAUCCGCUACCAGGACCUCCUCUGGAGGAUCCCCAACUUCCUGAUGAGUCAGGUCCGCAAGCUGAACGAGAACAGCAGCCGCAGGUACCAGUUCUACGACAAGCGCAUCAAGAACCUCCUGAGGAAGAUACACACCGACAGCCGCGACAAGCCGGACAAGAACUCCUCCGAGCCCUGCCGCACCGUCAAGAUACAAGUGGGAGACAUCCUGAGCGGCUCCAUGGAGGUCCAUCUGAACGUCAACUGCCGCGCGUCGGACCUGCUGGCCCAGUUCCAUCAGGACCUGUGCCGCUCUGACAACAGCAAGGGGCAGCUCAGGAGAAACGGCUCUUCUUCCUACCCAGAGUGUGCUAUAUAUGAAGUAGGGGGAAACAUCGGUGAGCACUGCUUGGACCCUGACGCGCACCUCCUGGACCUGUACAACAGCAACCCUGGCGGGGAGUGGGUGAUCCGGCUCAAGCCGGCCGCCAGCAGGGGGCUCUGAGCGCUCGUUCGAAGGCUCUGCUGUCAGAAUCGCACCCCCCGUCCCAGCGUCUGUGUGACGCGCUCGUGCGUUUGCUCACGGGGACUCCUGCCAGUCCGUCGACGCGACUGCACUCGGCGCCCGAUGGGGAGCGCAGACCGGGGCCGUUCGGCCCGUCGGCUACGCUUCCGGGCAAUGGUGCCGAUGCAGUGGAACCCAUCUGGAGGACUGGACGCCUCUGGCUAUGGCGGCAGUACCCCCCCCACCCCACACACACCCCACCCACUCACCCACCGCCACCCUGCUGCACGGACACUUCACCUCAAGGGGAAGGGAGUGGGGGGGGGGACGUGGACAAAUGGUGUUUAUUUUUGUCUCUCUCUCCCAAAUGGACCCGAGGUAUGUGUUUUGCGUUCGCUCCGAGAAGAUACCCCGCAGUGCGGCCCUGCGUCGGCGCGCAGGGUCGCCAAAGAGUCCCUCCACGCAGACUGUGGUGUCAGUGCCAGGAUUUGUCUUUCUCAUAAGGGAUGUUUUGGUAAAAGAUGCACCUCCCAAGGGAUUUAUUAGGAUAGCAACUGAGACAGUGAAGCUGGACUUCUCUUUCGUUUUUUGGUGAAAUGUUGCCUCGUGCAAUGCGUUAUUUAUAAGUGGAUCCUUAUAGUCAUGAAUGUUUUUGUGCUGUUAACUAAGUAGGAAUUCAUGGACUGUGUGUGUGUGUGUGUGUGUGUGUGUGUCUGAGACCAGACGCUUGUGUGUAAGAAAAUCGUAUCGCUCUUACUUUGUGGAACAUUUAAAUUCUUUGUUUUUCCUUGCUUUCUUGUUUUCAGACGUGGGCGUAUGUCCCUUUUUGUACGCAGUUAGUACAUUAACACACUGGAGUAAUAGUAUAUGAAAAACGCUUGAUCUGGAAUGUGAAUAGUGUUUUCGUAAGACGCAAGCUCGUGCACUCAGACGAACUGAAUUUUAAACGGCGAUUCCUCAGUGCGACGUCUCACAUUAUCGCAGUAUGAUGUAUUAUAGGCAUUUCGUGGGAUACACGACACAGACUGUACUGUAAUAACACGGCGCAUCCAUCAGAGAAUAUAAUUAAUUUGCUGUCACCAGAUGUAAGGAACCAGAAUCGAGACGUAAUAAAUGAAUUACGUUCCGAGUGACGAAUUGUAUCUGUUGCUCGAUAAAGGCGACGGUCAUAGCUGGGUGUUACGGAUUCUUCAGCCAGCGUGAUGCAAGGGAGGGAAGCUCGGAAAGAUGGCGGACCGCAGUCCAUCGCUGAGGACAAAAAAAGGAAAAAAAAAAAAAAAAAACCCCGUUUGGCUGUCACAGGAUCCCAGGCACAGUUCAGUGCCCAGGCACAAAGCGCUGAGAAAAUGGCCUUCUGCUCACGUUAAUAAUCUAGACUAAAGUAGGUCACCUUUAAAGCAUCCCCCCAGAGCGAGAGGCUUCGCGCCGCACCCCGGACCCUCUCCCGCGAACGGGCUUACGCAUUAAUUAGCCGCCAGACGACGGGAUGAUUCCGGAGCGGCGAGACGCGGCCGAGUUUUGGUUCGAGGGCCGCCGCGACGAGUUGACGCCUGCGCCGAGGGCUUCCCUAGCGAAGUCAGCAUGGCCCUCUUCUGUCAGCAGCAACAUUAAAUAAACGCUUCUUCAUGGAUGCGUGUAGGUCGGUAUUGGAACCUGGCUUACAGCUUUGAAUAAAGCAUAAUAUUCGUCGGUAUAAUUAAUGGUGUAACGAAUGAUCUCUAUAGGUAAUCCGUAAUUGUGGUUGUCUUUAUAGGACUAAAUUUCGCUUAUAUGCUGAGGCUGCAUUUAGUUAGAGAAUUUUCACAGAUUGAAACGUUGUACAUAAGACUGGAAAUGUCCAAGUGAGAGGAAAGGGCUCCUUGCAGACCCACCGGCACUUUUCCCUUAGGAGGUGGAAAGCCGCAGGUCCGAGUGACAGCUGCUGUCAUGCUGGCUUUACGGAAGU